UGUGGGGAGCGACAAUGGGCGUGGUCGGCCAGGCUGCGGAGUGGCUCACAGGCUGGCGACUGGGAGUGGGCGGAGCGUGUCAGUCAAAAGUGAUUUAUGGUCAGUGAAGAGCCAUGGAUGCUCACUUUGGAGUCCCGCUCUGUGUGUGGCUGACUGACAGCCUCCCCGACACGUGUUGCCUCGCCGCCGCUGACUGACGCUCGCCGGACAGUGCGUGCCGUGACUUGCCGGACAGUAAAGGGCCGCGCCUGUGAGGAGUGGAGUGUCUGGUGUCCUGAUUCGAAUUGGUACAAAGUGGCGUCAGGCGGCGGGAAAAUGGUGGAGACGGGAGGCGUGCGGUCGGCGGGGUCCUCUCCCGUGUCCUCUGCGCUGCCGCCCCCCGGCCUGCCGCUGGCAGGGAUGGCAGCGUCCCUGGCCGAGCCACUCGUGCCCACCUCCCUGCCCUGCCUCGCCCCGCUGCCCCACUAUCCCUAUCCCGCCUACCUGCACCACCUGUCGCAGUACAUGGGAGCCGCUGACCCCCUCAAGCAGUAUCUGGCUGGCGGCGACCCCCUCAAGCACUACCUCACCUCAGAGCACCUCAAAUAUCUCCUGCCGGAACACAUGCGCCUCUACCUGGGGCACGACCCUCUCAAGAGCUACCAUGCCUCGCACGCCGAACAUCUCAAGGUGCCGCUACAGAUCUCAGAUCCUCUCAAAAAUUACGCCUCUGCCUCGGAACACCUGCGCUGCCUGGCCUCAGGUGAGGUCACCGAGGGUGGUGGCCUUCCUCCCGUGUCGCGCGCCCAGUCCUCCGUCUUCACCAUCGAGAGUCUGCUUGCGCCCAGGACGUCCACUGGGGCGCCUCGCCUGCCACCAUCGCCCUUCCCCACUAUUCCUCGCGCCCACUACGAUCUGCUAGGAACAAGCCAGUACCCCGGCCUGUACUCCGCCUCCCUCUUCGGCGGCUCCGGGGCGGGCGGAAAGAGGAAGAGGCGUCACAGAACCAUCUUCACCGAGGAACAAUUGGAGGAGCUGGAGAGAACCUUCGCCAAAACCCACUAUCCUGAUGUGCUCCUAAGGGAACAGCUCGCCCUCAAAGUAGAUCUCAAGGAGGAGAGAGUCGAGGUGUGGUUCAAGAACAGACGCGCCAAGUGGCGUAAACAGAAGCGAGAGGAGCAGGAGCGGCUGAGGCGACUGCGGGAUGACGCUGGGCAGGCGGAAGUCCAUCCCGAGGACGCUCGAGAUCCAGACUUGAGCAGCGACGAGGACGUGGGCGGCCCCGAGGCGCUGGGCUCCGUGGAGGGAAAGGCCGGAGAAGAGUCCCCAAAACCAGUGUCCCAGGGCGAGGCGGUGGGCGGUGGUCACAGUCCAGCCGCGGCCCCGCCUUUCUUCUCCCCGGCGAAGAUGGCGGCGGAAACAGACGCCAAACGGCCUGACCACCUGGCCACAAUGCACAGGGUUGCCCAUGCCUGCCAUGCAGACCUCAAGCCCACGCCUAUUUCCAGCCAUCCCUAGGGGCGGCCUGGACCCCCACACUGCCCAUCCCCCCCAGGCCUUUCUACUGGCCGACGAUGACCUGCACGCCGUCAAGAGGAGACGAGUGUCCGCUGAAUGUUCCGAGAUCGAGCUCACCUAACAAGCUCCGCCGCCGCUCCGCCGCCUGCCCGCCCGGGCACCGCCGCCGCCCCGCCCUUGUUGUAUACUAGUCACUGGAGGACCUUCGCUUGGUGUUCUGCUGCGCAAUGUACGUGUCUCGUGUGUGUGUGUGUGUGUGUGCGCAGUAUUGUAAGCAAUGUAUUUAAGAAUGAAUGUGUAAGUACUAUGUUGAGCACACUUACAUGAAAAUACACACACACACACACACACACACACACACACACACACACACACACACACACACACACACACACACACACACACACACACACACACACACACACACACACACACACACACACACACACACACACACACACGAACUCUCAGUGUUCCCUGAUAUGGGUUUAAAAAAAUCUCCAUGGUUGUAUUCUGUCUACCCUGUAACAUAGUCUAUAGCAGAGGUUACUAAGUGCGUUUUCCCCCUGCCAGGUGCAUUCACUCACACAACUACAUCAUCAGACACACUGUUCCCAUAACAAGCUGAUUUGAACACACCGAAGGAGGAUCCCUACGAUGAGAGAUAUCUCAAUAAUAUACUCGUCUUUUGUUUCUGUACAUAUUACUUCACGUUGCUAUAAGUAAUUCUGUCAGCUGUAAUAAUAAGACAUGUGAAAAGGAGUGUAAUAUAUUGUGUAUUAGACUCA